AUAUUGUUUUGAUCACUGGGAAUGACAGUCGUUGUCAAACGUUUGGCGGGAAGACGUUGGUCUUUUGUAUUUUUUUUAAAUAAUAUAUUUUUUUAUUUGCAUAUUUACAUGGAUGUGAUUAAUUAGUGUUGUGGUGAAGUGCCGUCGAAUAUUUAUGUUCAACAUUGCUGUAUUUAUAGGAAUAGUAGUUAUUUGUUAUUUUUACAAACUGUUCAGUAAACAACUACAGCGAAAAAUCGAUCGUGAGCGAAACAUGUCUACCCAGCCCGAGGAACAGGAGCAAGCUCGCUGCUCGUCCAGCGAAAGUGACAACUUUGAGAAGGUGGAGUCAGAAGACGUUCAGAAUGGUGACAAUGUCGAUGUAAACUUCUUGGUUGGGGACGACGGGGACCAAGAACCCGAGGACGACACGGACGAGGGACCGGCCCACGAGGGUAGGGACACUUUCCCGAAUGCGCCGCCGCCGAAUAUCCGCCGCGUGCUGACACCCGCGCAGCAAAUGGCUUUGGCUGAGAAGAGGAGCAGGCUGCGGCCGUCUAUGUCCCAAGGGACUGUGAUUCACAGUCAACGAUUUCAAGAGAAGGAUUUCACAGUUGCCACCCCUGAAGAGUUUGUUAGGAGGUUUCAGGGCACUAAACCUAUUAAUAAGGUACUGAUUGCAAACAACGGUAUUGGCGCUGUAAAAUGUAUGAGAUCGAUCAGAAGAUGGUCAUACGAGAUGUUCAAGAACGAGAGAGCCGUCCGUUUUGUUGUGAUGGUGACCCCGGAGGAUCUGAAGGCCAAUGCGGAGUACAUAAAGAUGGCGGACCACUACGUGCCGGUGCCCGGCGGCUCCAACAACAACAACUACGCGAACGUGGAGCUCAUCGUGGACAUAGCUAUACGCACACAAGUGCAGGCUGUUUGGGCAGGCUGGGGUCACGCGUCAGAGAACCCAAAACUUCCCGAGUUGCUCCACCGCGCCGGUGUCGUGUUCAUCGGACCCCCGGAGAAGGCCAUGUGGGCCCUCGGCGACAAGAUAGCGUCCUCCAUAGUCGCGCAGACAGCCGACAUACCGACGCUGCCUUGGAGCGGGAGCGAUCUUAAAGCGGAGUACAACACUAAGAAAAUCAAAAUAUCGUCGGAACUGUUCGCCAAGGGAUGUGUCACUUCCCCCGAACAAGGGCUACAGGCUGCUAAUAAAAUUGGUUUCCCCGUAAUGAUUAAGGCAUCAGAAGGUGGUGGUGGCAAAGGCAUCAGGAAGGUGGAAAACCCUGAUGACUUCAACAACAUGUUCCGACAGGUGCAAGCAGAAGUUCCAGGCUCACCAAUUUUCGUGAUGAAGCUGGCCAAAUCAGCCAGGCAUUUGGAAGUGCAGCUCUUAGCCGAUCAAUAUGGAAACGCGAUCUCUCUGUUCGGCCGCGACUGUUCGAUCCAGCGUCGCCACCAGAAGAUCAUAGAGGAGGCGCCAGCGGCUAUUGCCAACCCUGAUGUUUUCAUUGAAAUGGAAAAGGCGGCGGUGCGGCUGGCCAAGAUGGUGGGCUACGUGAGCGCGGGCACGGUGGAGUACCUGUACGAGCCCGCCACCGGCGCCUACUACUUCCUCGAGCUCAACCCGCGCCUGCAGGUCGAGCACCCCUGCACCGAGAUGGUCGCCGACGUCAACCUGCCCGCCGCCCAGCUCCAGAUUGCCAUGGGUCUCCCACUAUACCACAUCAAAGACAUCCGCCUGCUAUACGGGGAGUCUCCAUGGGGCAUGACUCAGCUGGAUUUCGACGAGCCCAAGCAGCGACCUUCGCCGUGGGGACAUGUGAUAGCGGCCAGGAUCACCUCGGAGAACCCUGAUGAAGGUUUCAAGCCAUCGUCUGGUACCGUCCAGGAGCUUAACUUCAGGUCUUCGAAGAAUGUGUGGGGGUAUUUCAGUGUGGCCGCCUCCGGGGGGUUGCAUGAGUUUGCAGACUCGCAGUUCGGGCACUGCUUCUCUUGGGGAGAGACGAGGGAGCAAGCUAGAGAGAAUCUGGUCAUAGCGCUUAAGGAGUUGAGUAUUCGCGGCGACUUCCGCACCACCGUGGAGUACCUGAUCACGUUGUUAGAGACGACUGCCUUCCAGGAAAAUAAUAUAGAUACCAGCUGGCUGGAUGCUCUUAUUGCUGAGAGAGUGCAAGCGGAGAAGCCGGAUAUAAUGCUUGGAGUGUUAUGUGGCUCAAUACUCAUAGCUGACAACAUCAUCACGGCGCACCUUCUAGAGUUCAAGAGCGCGCUGGAGAAAGGUCAAAUCCAAGGAUCUAGUCAACUGUCCAACUGCGUAGAUGUGGAGCUAAUACACAGCGGUCAUAAGUACAAGGUGCAAGCGACCAAAUCAGGGCCCAACUCUUACUUCCUCGCCAUGAACGGCAGUUUCAAGGAGAUGGAGGUGCAUAAUCUGACUGAUGGUGGUAUACUGCUCUCAAUCGACGGCGCAUCAUACACCACAUAUUUGAAAGACGAGGUCGAUAAAUACCGGAUAGUGAUCGGUAACCAGACUGUGGUCUUCGAGAAGGAGAAAGACCCGUCCAAACUGAGGGCGCCCUCUGCUGGCAAAUUGAUUAACACAUUGGUCGAAGAUGGCGGACACGUGGACAAGGGGCAGCCCUAUGCUGAGAUUGAGGUGAUGAAAAUGGUGAUGACAUUAUCCGCGCCGGAGUCGGGCAAGGUGACGUGGAACUUGAGGCCUGGUGCCGUCCUUGAUAUGGGCUCGCUUAUUGGAACUCUGGAACUCGACGACCCGUCGUUGGUGACGACAGCUCAGCCGUACAAGUCACAGUUCCCGCUGGAGGACAACCCGCAAGUAUCGGAGAAACUAAACCACGCCCACAACAAAUAUAGGGCCAUAUUGGAAAAUACGCUGGCAGGUUAUUGCUUACCCGAGCCAUACAACACGCCCAGACUACGCGAGGUGGUGGAGAAAUUCAUGCAGAGCCUACGUGACCCCUCACUACCCCUGCUGGAACUGCAAGAGGUACUCUCGUCAACAUCCGGUCGUAUCCCAAUAGCCGUGGAGAAGAAGGUGCGGAAACUGAUGGCGCUGUACGAGAGGAACAUCACCAGUGUGCUGGCGCAGUUCCCCAGUCAGCAGAUCGCCAGUGUCAUAGAUCACCACGCGGCGUCGCUCGCGAAACGAGCUGACAGAGACGUGUUCUUCAUGAGCACUCAAGCGCUCGUUUUACUCGUGCAGAGGUACAGGAAUGGCAUCCGCGGUCGUAUGAAGGCAGCCGUGCACGACCUACUCAAGCAGUAUUACCUGGUGGAAAGCCACUUCCAGCUCGGGUCGUACGACAAGUGCGUGGUGGCUCUCCGCGACCGCUACAAGGACGACAUGCAAGCGGUGGCCAACAUUAUAUUCUCGCACAAUCAAGUCUCCAAGAAGAAUUUACUGGUGACACUCCUGAUCGACCACCUGUGGUCCAACGAGCCCGGGCUGACGGACGAGCUGGCCGCCACCCUCAAUGAGCUGACCUCGCUGCACAGAGCUGAGCACAGCAGGGUCGCGCUCAGAGCAAGACAGGUGUUAAUAGCGGCUCACCAGCCGGCGUACGAGCUCCGCCACAACCAGAUGGAGUCGAUAUUCCUGUCGGCGGUGGACAUGUACGGCCACGACUUCCACCCGGAGAACUUGCAGAAGCUGAUACUGUCGGAAACGUCCAUAUUCGAUAUACUGCACGAUUUCUUUUAUCACUCCAAUGCAGCGGUGUGCAACGCAGCACUGGAGGUGUACGUGCGGCGCGCGUACACGUCGUACGACAUCGCGUGCCUGCAGCACCUGGCGCUGUCCGGCGAGCUCGGCGUCGUGCACUUCCAGUUCGUGCUGCCCACAGGACACCCCAACAGGAUUCCAAUCAGCCAAUCGGAGAUCGAGCUCUCGGCCGCCCAGGACCAGGAGGGUAUACCGGCAGAGCUGUGCACCGCGGCGAUGAGGAAAUGCCACCACAGAACCGGUGCCCUGGCUGCGUUCACGUCCUUCGACCAGUUCGUGCAGUACGCCGACGAGCUGCUAGAUUUGGUGCAUGACUUCGCCAGUUCGGCGACUGUUAGAAGAGAAGAUCUGCAAGUACUGCAGGAGGGCAGCGAGAGUCGCGACAGCACAAGCAUCAAUGUAGGACACGACUACAAGGCCAUUCCUGAUGCUGAUGAUGUGCCACUGGAGCCGAUCCAUAUCCUGAUGAUCGGGGUACGAGACACGGGCGAGAGCGACGACGGGGCGGUGUCGCGCCGCUUCGGCAACUUCUGCCGCGCGCACCGCCACGAGCUGCACCACAAGCGGAUACGGCGCAUCACCUUCAUGUCGCUCAUCAAGCGCCAAUUCCCCAAGUUCUUCACGUACCGUGCCCGUAACGACUUCACCGAGGACACCAUCUAUCGCCACCUGGAGCCAGCGUCCGCCUUCCAGCUGGAGCUGUACAGGAUGAGGAGUUACGAGCUCGAGGCGCUGCCCACUAGCAACCAGAAGAUGCAUUUGUAUUUGGGCAAGGCUAAGGUGAAGAAAGGCCAAGAGGUUACAGAUUACCGCUUCUUCAUCCGGUCCAUUAUCCGGCAUCAGGAUCUUAUCACUAAAGAGGCCAGUUUCGAGUAUUUACAGAAUGAAGGUGAAAGGGUCCUGUUGGAGGCGAUGGACGAGCUGGAGGUGGCCUUCUCCCACCCGUUGGCGAAGCGCACUGACUGCAACCACAUAUUCCUCAACUUCGGGCCCACUGUCAUCAUGGACCCUGCCAAAAUCGAGGAGUCUGUGCUGGGUAUGGUGAUGAGGUACGGACCCCGCCUCUGGAAACUUAGGGUGCUCCAAGCAGAGAUUAGAUUCACACUCAGGAUCGGACCCGGAGCACCAACCAAGAACGUACGGCUGUGUCUCUCCAACGGGUCGGGAUACUCACUGGACGUCUACACUUACGAAGAGGUGUCAGACCCCAACACAGGAGUGAUAAUGUUCCACUCGUACGGGCCGCGGCAGGGUCCGAUGCACGGCCUGCCGAUCUCUACGCCGUAUGUUACUAAAGAUUACUUGCAGCAGAAGAGAUUCCUGGCGACAUCACAAGGCACCACAUACGUGUACGAUAUUCCGGACAUGUUCCGGCAGACGGUGGAGCGACGCUGGCGGGACUGCAUCGAGGAGGGCAGCGUCGAUGGUCCGCAGCCAGACAACGUAAUGUCAUCCGUGGAGUUGGUGAUAGAACCUGACGGCGAACGGCGUGUUGUAGAAGUCACCCGCCUGCCCGGACAGAAUACGGUGGGCAUGGUGGCUUGGCGUUUGACGCUGUACACGCCGGAGUGUCCCGAUGGUCGCGACAUCAUCCUUAUUGCUAACGACCUCACAUACUACAUGGGAUCCUUUGGACCUCAGGAGGAUAUGGUGUACUACAAGGCUUCACAGUAUGCGAGGGAGCUCAGAAUACCGAGGAUUUACAUAAGCGUGAACUCCGGCGCCCGCAUCGGCGUGGCGGAGGAGGUGAAGUCGGAGUUCAACGUGGCGUGGGUGGACGGCGAGCGGCCCGAGCGCGGCUUCAAGUACCUCUACCUCACGCCCGAGGCCUACUCGCGCCUCGGCCCGCUCGGCUCCGUCAAGGCCCAGCUCAUAGACGACGAGGGCGAGCCCAGAUACAAGAUCACCGACAUCAUCGGCAAGGAGGAAGGGCUGGGCGUGGAGUGCCUGCGGGACGCGGGGCUGAUCGCGGGCGAGACGGCGCAGGCCUACGAGGACGUCGUCACCAUCUCCAUCGUCACCUGCCGCGCCAUCGGCAUCGGCUCCUACGUCGUACGGCUGGGGCACCGCGUGAUUCAGGUGGAGUCGUCGUACAUCAUCCUGACGGGGUACGCGGCGCUGAACAAGGUGCUGGGCCGCGCCGUGUACGCGUCCAACAACCAGCUCGGCGGCGCGCACAUCAUGCACCACAACGGCGUCUCGCACGCGGUCGCGCCCUCCGACCUGGAGGCCGUCGCCACCGCCGUGCGCUGGCUGUCCUACGUGCCCAAGAACAAGCUGAGCAUCGUGCCGAUGAUGCGCAGCGGCGAUCCCGUGGACCGGCCCGUGGAGUGGCGGCCUCCUCGCGCCGCGCACGACCCUCGCCUGCUGCUGACCGGGGACGCGGCGCGGCCUGGCUUCUUCGACCGCGGCAGCUUCGACGAGAUCAUGAAACCCUGGGCGCAGACCGUCAUCACAGGGCGCGCCCGGCUGGGCGGCAUCCCGGUGGGCGUGAUCGCGGUGGAGACGCGCACGGUGGAGCUCACGCUGCCCGCCGACCCCGCCAACCUCGACUCCGAGGCCAAGACGCUGCAGCAGGCCGGCCAGGUGUGGUUCCCCGAUUCUGCGUAUAAGACCUCGCAGGCCAUCAAUGACUUCUCCCGCGAGGGUCUACCUAUCAUGAUCUUCGCUAAUUGGCGAGGCUUCAGUGGUGGACAGAAAGACAUGUACGAGCAGAUCCUGAAGUUCGGCGCGGAGAUAGUGCGCGCGCUGCGCGGCGCGGCGGCGCCGGUGCUGGUGUACGUGCCGCCCGGCGCCGAGCUGCGCGGCGGCGCCUGGGCCGUCGUCGACCCCAACGUCAACAGCCUGCGCAUGGAGAUGUACGCCGACCCCGACGCCAGAGGUGGCGUUUUAGAAGCAGAAGGCAUAGUGGAAGUGAAAUUUAAACAGCGCGACAUAUUGAAGACCAUGCAUCGGCUCGACCCCGAACUGUUGCGGCUCAGUGCUAGAGUCUCGGAAAUAAAGGAACAGAUCAAAGAUAUCUCGAAGAAUCUAGACAGGCGGGGAUCUAUAGAUGAUGUAUUAAUCAAGACGGACGCCGGCCGGCAAGCGGAGAGCAAAGUCCGCGAGCUGGAGGAGGAGCUGGUGACGAUGGAGAGGAAUCUGAAGAGCCGCGAGAAGGAGCUGAGCGCCAUCUACCACGAGAUCGCGGUGCACUUCGCCGAGCUGCACGACACCGCCGAGCGGAUGCUCGAGAAGGGGUGCAUAUUUGACAUAAUUCCAUGGCGAGAUUCCCGCCGUCAAUUCUACUGGCGCCUGAGGAGACUGCUCCGCCAGAACGAGCAGGAGCGGAGAGUGCAGGACGCCGUCAGCCCGGCGGGGAAGAUGGAACAGGGCCCCGCCGCCGCCACGCUGAGGAGGUGGUUCACCGAAGACCUUGGGGAGACCGUGUCCCACCAGUGGGAGCACAACAACGAAGCGGUGUGCAAGUGGCUGGAGGCGCAGGCGGCCGACGACGACUCCGUGCUGGAGCGCAACCUGCGAGCCAUCAAACAGGACUCCGUGCUGCAAGCAGUCAACACGCUCGUUAUGGAGUUGACCCCGUCGCAACGGUCGGAGUUCAUAAGGAAAUUAACAUCGUUAGAGAUGGAGCAAUAAAUAGUGAAUUAAUUUAUAUUUUUUUAUUAAUAAUAGCAGCAAAUAUUUGAAUCGUUAAUGUAUGAAAACUGUGAUAAGGUGAAAGGAGAGAUGUAUCUGUCUCUAUCUCUAGAUAAAUCGCAUUAAUUCUCGUACUGUGGUCCCACACUAGAUUUGUCAUAAUUUCUUUGUGGACGCAAGUCUGUUUUGCUCAUGUAGUUUUGUUAGUAUGAAAGUACAUCAUUAACGAUUAAAAUUUUUGUAAAUAAGAAUUAUGUAUGUAUAUACAUGGCAUGUUAUUUUAGUGUAAGUAAUAAGUAUAUAAGUAAAUCGAUUAUUUUUAUAUAAUUGAUUAAUUUAUGUAAUUGGUAUUUGUGAAUGAAUCUUAUUACACAAAGUCUGUACUGUCUGUCCGAGUUAAAUGCUUCUGUGGGAAGCGUUCAAAAACUAUGGUUAGAAACUUGGCAAUUUAUUAAUUGCAAAUUGAUACAUAUGAUAUAGAUAUUAAAAAUAUGGAAAUAUAAUUGUGAGUCAUUGAAAAAUUACGUAGAAAAUUA